UUCCGUUUGCUUUCAAGGAACUAUUACCACGAAAUGUUCAUGAAGCAAUAGCAGGGAUAAGUGCUUUCUUCCGCGAUUUAUGCGCCAGAUCAGUGACUCUUGAAGGUAUUGAAAAUCUGAAGACUAACAUAGCCAUGAUUCAGUGCAACCUUGAGAAGAUAUUUCCUCCCUCAUUUUUUGAUGUUAUGGAGCAUCUUGUUAUUCACCUGGCAAGAGAAUUGGAACUUGGUGGUCCUGUGCAGUAUAGAUGGAUGUAUCUGUAUGAGCGGUAUAUGUUCCAUUUGAAGAAGAUGGUGAAAAAUCUAAGUAGGGUGGAAGGUUCUAUAGUCGCACAGAUGAUCAAUGAAGAAAUUUCAAACUUUGCUGAGUACUACUUUCCAGCAGAAGUUCAGACCAAAAACAGAAGACCUGCACGGCACGAUGAUAGAGGCGAACGGGCAACAUACCAUGUUACGGUUCCUGACAUUUUCACAGAUGUUGGACGACUUAGCGGAAAAUCAAAGGACCGUCGACUUACUGAGCAGGAGCGCAGUCAUUUGCAAACAUAUUUGCUCACCAACUGCGAAGAUGUUCUUCAAUAUGAGAGGAUUUUCAUGGCAGAAAAGCGGUUCGAAUAUAGAUACGCUACAGAGGCAGAACUAGAAGAAAUGAAGCAAAGAGAAUUUGCUGGAUGGAUGUUUACUUAUGUGUCUGCUGGUUUGGCCAGAGGUGAAACAUUUGACGAUUGGAUACGCGAGAUGGUGGUUGGACCAAACUAUGUUGUGAAGUCAUAUCCGAGAUUUUGUACUCGAGGAUAUGCAUUCACAACUGAAAAGACGAAACGUUCGCGUACGACCUAUGAUGCUGGCGUUUGUUCUGCAUCGGGAGAUGAUGUAUACUACGGACACAUACAUGAGAUUUUGGAAAUCAAGUAUUUAGGCCUGCUUGGAUUGCGCUGUACUGUUUUCUAUUGUGAUUGGCACGACAUCACUCCAGAUCGAGGUGUGAGAACAGAUGCAUUUGGUGUUACAUCAGUUAAUUCGAGACGAAAGCUGCAAUAUUAUGAUCCUUUCAUUCUUGCUUCUCAGGCCGAUCAGGUUUGUUAUAUCAAGUACCCCCGGAUAAGAAACAGAGAUGAUCCAUGGGUUACUGUUACCAGGCUCAACCCGAGAGGCCGAGUUCAGGGGAGUUCUGAGCUGGAAGACCCACUACAACCAAUCACAUCCAGUAACUUAAGUGCAGCAGAAGAUGUAGCAGGAGUUGGCCUUGUAGUAGAUUUCACCGACUUCACAGAGGAAGCCGUCGUUCACGCACAGGAUGAACCAGUUAUUGGAGAGUUUCACCAAGAUCCAGAUUCAGAUUUAUCUGCUGAUGAUGAGUCGGAAUCAGAGUAGUUUUUUUUUUUUUU